AUGGGGGCUGCGGUGACUCAUGCAAUCAGGAAUUUCAACCUAGAGAACCGGGCGCAAUGGGAAAUCAGCAAGAUGAAGCCCUUCCCCGCUCCCAGGCACCCCUCCACCAAGAACCUCCUGCGAAAGCAGAUGAGCAGCCAUCCAGAAAUUAAGGGAGAAAUUGCUAGAAAAAAUGACAAACUGCUGUCAUUACUAAAAGAUGUGUAUGUCGAUUCCAAAGAUCCCGUGUCUUCUGUGCAGGUAAAGGAUGCUGGAAAACGUCAGAAGCCAAAGGAGUUCAGCUUGCCGGAAAACCAUCAUCCUGACAUGAUGAAUAUUAAGAACAUUCCCAAAGGCAAAAUUUCCAUUGUAGAGGCACUGACACUUCUCAAUAAUCAUAAACUUUAUCCAGACACAUGGACUGCUGAGAAAAUAGCAAGAUGUAAAUUCUCUUCUUAA